AUGCCUGUUACAACAAGGCAAAAUAAACAUGGGAGAAAAGUUGGCGGAGUCUUUCGCUUUUGCACCAAAGCUUCCUUGUACACGCUUCUAGUCUGGAUUGUAAAUUGCUCCAAUUCGAGCCAAUAUGGUAGUAAUUCGUACAAUGUGAUGAACAAUAGCCUUGGAAAAGCCGUGGAUUCAAGAACUCUGAGGUUAUUAGCAGAAGCUUACGAGGAAGCUAUAGAACAAGAUGGACCUGCAGUAUACGAGGAAGCUAUAGAACAAGAUGGGCCUGCAGUAUACGACGAAACUAUUGAACAAGAUGGACCUGCAGUAUACGAGGAAGCUAUAGAACAAGAUGGGCCUGUAGCGUACGAGGAGGAAGCUAUUGAACAAGUUGCACAGGAAGUUGAACAAGCUUCGGAAAAUGUUGGAGAAAUUUCAGGGGAAGUUGCGGAAGAAGAACAAGUUGUACAGGAAGCUCCAAAGAAUUCAGAGGAAGAAGGAAAAAUUAAAUAUAACGAUGAUGUACCCAAAGGUAUACGAUCUACAGAUGUAAACAAAGAGAAGGAUGCAAUGGAUCGUUACCACGAAAAGGUAUUAUAUUUGCGCACACAUUUUGAACCAAUAAUAACAUACAAUUUUGAAGAGGCAUUAAAACGUUGUAUGGCAUUCGACGCACGAAAACACGGCAUGGAUGUAGACGCGGACCCAUAUGGUUUAUUACAAAAAAAGAACAAAAGAACCUGGCAAACUGGAUAUUUGAGAAUGUAUCAAAACGAUUUUCGCAAUGUUCCAUACAUAGAUGAUUUAAAAAAUAAUGAAGAACUAGAAGAACCAUACCUAGAAAGAAAAUACGUACGCCCACAUCUAACCCCUGAUUCACCAAAAACAACUGCUUUAAGAAGAAACGUAGAAAGAAAAAUAUAUAAAGAAGAAGAUGAAGAGGAGGAAGAAGUAGAAGAAGUAAAAGGAAAGAAAAAGAGAAGAAGAAGAUUCUGCUUCUUUUAA